AUGUCAGACACCUCGCAAUUCAAGCUGAACAUUGCAUACGACAUUCUCUGCUCAACUAUGGACCAUCCCCAUGUAUUGAUCGUUUCUGUCUCCACAGGCAUGAGAUGGGUACAAGUAGCGGCUGAGAUUGCUCGGCGGGUCCAAUUAGCACCAACCUUCAUAGUCUUGUACAAGCUGCGCACGCCAACUCCUACGAAUGAGCUCCGGCAAGGAUUACAGAUAGGAGGUGUGGAAGAUAUUGCUGAGAAAGUCAGGUCUCUCGACGAAGUACCGCAUGACAUUACCCAGUUUCCCCCGGAUAAAGUCCAUGUCGUCGUCGUCGUCGUGAGUCCACCGAGAAAGGCAGCCGAAGUGUUUCCCUGGGUCAACCUAUCGCAGACAGCACUGGUUAAACUGUUACAAGUCGUCAUCGAAAUACCCAACAAAUGGUCGAGGAAUGAAGUUACCAGCAAUGGCGGUGUCUUCGUGGAUCGUAGUUGUUCGGUUCUGCAGAACAUAGUCGACAAGUUGAAGGCGAAACGGACGUAUCAGGCAAACUAUAAUAGCCCCGACUUUCAGAAUGCUAGAUCCCUUUCUCAUUUCUCCCAAUCGUUCAUCUCCGUCGUGGGAUCACCUGGCACAGUGGAGGGCGACAAAGAAUUUGCGACAUUCUAUCAUGUCCUCCGGCGUUUUAGCAAUGAUGCACCCCUGGUGCACUCGGACCCCUCCUCGUCCUUGAAAGCGAGCAGUUUCAUGGUGUAUUUCAUCCAUUCACCCUUUUUCUCUGGCAAUAUCCAGAGUGACCCUUUACAGUAUAAGGAACAAUUGUCAUGGCAAUUUCCGAUGUUUGUUACAAGGCGUGACAGUCUCGGUCAUGUGCAAAAGUUCCACCCAAACAGCGAUUUCAGUGUCGUCCUCCGCGAAUUCCAAUGUCCUGUCAUCCUAUCAGAAGUUGUUUCACAGAAGGAUGAAAAUGACCGAUACCGCAUGUUAGUGGAAGCCAUUGUUGCCGCACGUGUGGGCAAAUAUCUCUUGAAGCCUACUUCUCGGAAGCAGUUUUUUGUGAUAGCAAUUUACCUCACAGCUUUUCUGGAAGUGGAGAGGUAUAUUGUGAGCGAAGACUCGUCACCGCAGAAGAUUAAUAUCCAGCAGGAAACUUUUGACCUCUGCAAACCAAGUCGGGCAGUUGAGUUCCUCCGGGAAAUGUACAACUUGAAGCCGUUACUGGAGGAGCUCGCGGCCGAGCUCGAUGAGGAGAAAAGCGCCGAUUUGGCGAAGAUCGAGAUGGACUCGUCGAAAAUGCAUUCUCUCAAUUCCAAGGCGCCCUGGACGAACACCCAUCCAGCAGAAUAUGGACUGGGACCAGUCGCAGAAGACGAUGAAUCAAUGAAUAUCAGUGACGAUGAUAUAGGCGUGUUCAAUACCCGUAGUGUCCAUUCCGUUCUCGACAAGGUGAACUGCGAGAUUGACUCUGUUGGAUACGGGCAUCCUCACGUAGCCCUCGUUGUCCGAAAGGACGAUGGCGCUUCGGCCGGAUUCCUCAAGUUUGUCAAAGACGGAAACCCAGAAAUAGAAAUCCUGCAAUAUCUCUCCCGGAUUGAUUCACCCGCCAACCACACCAUUCGCCCCAUUCGUGUCUGGCCUAUCGAAGGGGGCAGGAUCGUCUCAAUGUCCGUUGGAGGUGGCUGGAUCACUUACCUCGAAGAUCUCGAUGCGCGUCUUUGGGGAGCUUCGCAACAACUGUUCGAAGCUGUCGGAUUUAUGCAUGAUCACGGUGUGGCACACAUGGACCUGAAACCAGGAAACAUCGUAAUCCCCCCCGUCUACGGAAAGCUGUCCAUCAUUGACUUCAGCAUUGCUGAGCGCGUCAAAGGUCCAGGACACAAACUGAUGGGUUACGUAGGCACGAGAGGUUAUGCUGCUCCCGAGGUCGGUCGAGCGGCUUAUUGCCCUAUCCGCGCAGACCUGUGGUCGUGCGGUAAAGUGAUUCAAGAGCUUUGUGAGGAUGUGAAACCAUCUUUUGCUCGUACGUGGCUACGUGAGGUCAGCAAGCGCCUUAUGGACAACGAUCCAGACAAGAGGCCGAUGAUGGCGGAGAUCCUUGAGGCCAUGUCAAGGGUUGUCCAUGACAGGGAUGAACUCGAGCCUGAUGGAGUUGUUGAAACCCAGUGA